AUGGAGCCCCUCACCGAGCUCAGCCAGGAGGGCGCGGGCGGCGGGCCGGUCUGGACCGCUGUCUUCGAAUACGAGGCGUGCGGCGAGGACGAGCUGAGCCUGCGGCCGGGGGAUGUGGUGCAGGUGCUGUCCCGGGACUCGCACGUGUCCGGCGACGAGGGCUGGUGGACGGGCAAGAUCGACCAGCGCGUCGGCAUCUUCCCCAGCAACUACGUGAGCAGCGGCGUGCAGGGCGCCGGCCCGGAGCUGCGCGCCCGAUACCCGCCGCCACCCGCCAUACAGCUUCUGGAGAUCGACUUCUCAGAGCUUAUUCUGGAAGAAAUCAUUGGCAUAGGGGGCUUUGGAAAAGUGUAUCGAGCUGUAUGGAUAGGAGAUGAGGUUGCUGUCAAGGCAGCUCGCUAUGACCCUGAUGAGGACAUCAGCCAGACCAUUGAGAAUGUCCGACAAGAGGCCAAGCUCUUUGCGAUGUUAAAACAUCCCAACAUCAUUGCCCUCAGGGGCGUGUGUUUGAAGGAACCUAAUCUUUGCCUGAUCAUGGAGUUUGCCCGCGGGGGGUCGCUCAAUAGGGUGUUGUCUGGUAAAAGGAUACCUCCUGACAUACUGGUGAACUGGGCAGUGCAGAUUGCCAGAGGAAUGAACUACCUGCAUGAAGAAGCAAUUGUCCCCAUAAUUCACCGUGACCUCAAGUCCAGCAACAUACUGAUACUCGAAAAGGUGGAAAAUGGAGAUCUGAGCAACAAGAUGUUGAAGAUCACGGAUUUCGGCUUGGCCAGGGAAUGGCAUAAAACUACCAAAAUGAGCGCAGCUGGGACAUAUGCCUGGAUGGCUCCUGAGGUCAUCCGCUCUUCCAUGUUCUCCAAAGGCAGCGAUGUUUGGAGUUAUGGUGUGCUGCUUUGGGAACUGCUAACAGGAGAAGUGCCAUUCAGAGGAAUUGAUGGUCUUGCAGUAGCAUAUGGUGUUGCUAUGAAUAAGCUUGCCCUUCCAAUCCCUUCCACGUGUCCUGAGCCUUUUGCCAAACUCAUGGAAGAUUGCUGGAACCCUGACCCACACUCACGACCUUCCUUUGCCACUAUCCUAGACCAUCUUACUGCCAUAGAAGAGUCUGGUUUUUUUGAAAUGCCCAAAGAUUCCUUCCACUCCCUGCAGGAAGACUGGAAACAAGAGAUCCAAGAGAUGUUUGAUCAGCUCAGAGCCAAAGAAAAGGAGCUGCGCACAUGGGAAGAAGAGCUGAGUCGUGCUGCUGUUGAACAGAAGAACCAUGAGGAGCUGCUACGACGACGGGAACAGGAACUGGCAGAACGUGAGAUUGACAUCCUGGAAAGGGAACUCAACAUCAUCAUCCACCAGCUGUGUCAGGAGAAGCCUCGGGUCAAGAAACGCAUGGGGAAGUUCAAGAGGAGCCGGCUCAAGUUAAAAGAUGGCAAUCAUAUCAGCUUGCCUUCAGAUUUUCAGCAUAAAUUCACUGUGCAGGCUUCUCCAACCAUGGACAAAAGGAAAAGCUUGAUCAGUAGCUGCUCCAGCCCUCCUGCAAGUCCUACCAUUAUUCCAAGACUCAGGGCCAUACAGUUGACACCUGCUGAAAGCAGUAAAACAUGGGGACGAAGCUCAGUCCUUCCAAAGGAGGAAGGAGAGGAAGAAGAGAAGAGAGGCCAGAAGAAAAAGGGACGCACUUGGGGACCAAGCUCACUUUGUCACAAGGAACUAGGUGCAGGGGAAGAGGGUCUGAAAGCUCUGGUAGAAGGAUGCAAGCAGUGGUCAUCCAGUGCACCAAAUCUUGGGAAGAUCCAGAGAACUGCACCUGCUUUUCCAGGAUUCACCAGCUUAGCAGAGAUGGAUGAUGAGGACAGCGAAUGUUAUAAUGGAGAGGGCAAAGUGCACCCUUCACCUGUGCACAAUCAGUCAUACCUCUGCAUCCCAUUUCAGAAGAAUGAAGAGUGGGAUGGCCCUUCUAGUGAUGCCAAUGAGGAGUCCACCCCUGUAAACUCUGCUACCAGUACCCCACAGCUGACACCCACCAACAGCCUCAAACGUAGCGGCUCCCACCACAAGCGAUGUGAGGUUGCAUUGCUUGGCUGUGGAGCAGUGUUGGCUGCUGCAGGCCUGGGUUUUGAUCUUUUAGAAGCAGGGAAGUGUCAGCUGCUGAUUGAGGAAGAGCCAGAGGUGCCCAGGGAAGAGAAGAAGAAGCGUGACAGCAUUUUUCAGCGAGCUGGACGCCCACGGAGGAGCACUAGUCCACCUUCCCGGAAGAUCUUCAAGAAGGAUGAUCCCGUGUUGUUGCUAGGCGAGCCAUCCACAUCCCUCACCCUUCUUUCCCUGUCUUCUAUUUCCGAAUGUAAUUCCACCCGGUCCCUGCUGCGCUCAGACAGCGAUGAAAUUGUGGUUUAUGAGAUGCCUGUCAGCCCAGUGACAGUCAAGGCUCCCUUGCCAGCCAUUACAAACCCACUGGUCAAUGUCCAGAUCGAGAGGUUCAAACAAGACCCCAACCAGUCCCUGACUCCCACACACGUGACAGUCUCUUCCCACACCCAGCAAAGCGGACACAGGCGCACACCUUCUGAUGGAGCCAUCAAAGGGAGUGGACUGAUUGUCAAUGGGUGCCCAACCAGUGGAUGCCCUUCCAGUAGCUGUUUAACUGGAGCACUGGGAGCAGGUGUAUUAAAAACACCUAGUCCAAGCAGAGAUCCCAGUGAGGUCCCUCGCCUGCCAGACCCCAACCUUGUUUUUCCUCCAACCCCAAGACGAUGGAAUGCACAGCAGGAUCCCACACUAGAAAGGCCCAAGACAUUGGAGUUCCUGCCCCGGCCACGUCCUGCAGCCAGUCGGCAGCGGCUUGAUCCCUGGUGGUUUGUGUCACCCAGCAAUGCCAAGGGUGAAUCUUCUGCCAACAGUUCAAGUACUGAUACGCCAAGCAAUCUGGACUCUUGUUUUGCUAGUAGCAGCAGCACUGUAGAAGAGAGACCUGGACUGCCUGCACUGCUUCCUUUUCAGGUGGGUCCUCCCGCAGAGGAGCGGACACUGUUGGACAUAGAUGCUGAGGGGCAGAGCCAGGACAGCACCAUUCCCCUAUGCAGAAGUGAACUUAACACACACAAAGCUGCAGCAUAUGAACUCAAGCAAGAAUUCUGGUCUUAA